GCGGCCGGUGAGGCAGAGCGUUACAGGAACUACGUGGAGGGAGAGUGCGUGGAGUGGCUCCGCAGGCACCUGGAGAACGGGAAGGUGACGCUGCAGCGCGCAGAAACCCCCGACACACAUGUGACCCGUCACCCCAUCUCUGACCAAAAGGUCACGCUGAGGUGCUGGGCCCUGGGCUUCUACCCUGCGGAGAUCACCCUGACCUGGCAGCAGGAUGGGGAGGACCUGACCCAGGACACGGAGCUUGUGGAGACCAGGCCUGCAGGAGACGGGACCUUCCAGAAGUGGGCGGCUGUGGUGGUGCCUUCCGGACAGGAGCAGAGAUACACGUGCCAUGUGCAGCAUGAGGGGCUGCCCGAGCCCCUCACACUGAUAUGGGAGCCGCCUCCUCAGCCCACCAUCACCGUCCCCAUCACGUGGAUCAUCGCUGGUCUGGUUCUCCUUACGGUCACUGUGGCGAUUGGAGCUGUGAUCUGGAAGAGGAAGCGCUCAGGAGGAAAAGGACUGAGUUACUCUCAUGCUGCACGCGAUGACAGUGCCCAGGACUCUGAUGUGUCUCUUACAGUUCCUAAAGUGUGAGACGGGCUGCCUCGUGGGGACUGAGUGAUGCAAGAUAUGUUCAGACUCCCACUUGGUGACAUCAACAACCCCUGAGUUCUCUUUCUGAAAAAGGUGUCAGAAUGUGGCUGUGUUCCUAUGAACAUAAUGUUAGGAUGUGGGGAGAUUUGCCUACCCUGCCCACCAUGAUCCCUCCCUAUGUUCAUUUGCAUUCUCUUCUCUGAUGUGCUCUCCUGUUCCAGCAGAGGCAGGGCUGGACCGUCUCCAUUCCUGUCUUUAUUUCAUGUUGGGCUGAGUACUCAAUUAUUUGUCUAUUGAAUAUGAAAUACAGAUAAAACUUUUUGUUUCCUAAUUCUUGGUAUGUGGGGCUGAUGAAAUAAUAAAAGAGGAGAUUUGUAAAGUUGAGACACAAAAUAAAUGGAAACACUGAGAACCUUUCAG